UCUGCUUGGGCGGCACGAGAAUCUCCCACAUCUCUUUCUAAACUAUUUGGCAUUUGCAACACAAACCACUUUCUCUCCACCUCCCUCGUACCUCUAGGGUUUCACACACUCAAAUUCGAUCUCACCACCAAAUCCAGUUCAAUGGCAGACGAACCAGUAGUCCCUUCGUCGCCUCAACAACAACCAUCUUCAUCCAACUCCAACGCCGCUCCUCUUGGCCACAACGUCAUCCCCAUCGUGAACAAGCUUCAAGACAUUUUCGCUCAGCUUGGAAGCUCCUCUACUAUCGAGCUCCCUCAGGUCGCCGUUGUUGGUAGCCAGAGCAGUGGUAAAUCCAGUGUGCUUGAAGCUCUCGUUGGCCGUGACUUCUUGCCCAGGGGAUCCGACAUCUGCACUCGCCGACCUCUCGUGCUUCAGCUGCUUCAGACUAAGCGGAAGCCUGACGGCACCGAUGAAGAGUAUGGUGAGUUCUUACACGUGCCGGGGAAGAGGUUCUAUAAUUUCAAUGAAAUUCGUAAGGAAAUUCAGGCUGAGACAGAUAGGGAAGCAGGAGGAAACAAGGGUGUCUCUGAUAAACAAAUUCGUUUAAAGAUUUUUUCCCCUAAUGUACUUGACAUCACCCUUGUGGAUUUACCUGGUAUAACAAAAGUUCCUGUUGGAGAUCAACCAUCAGACAUUGAAGCUCGUAUUAGGACAAUGAUAAUGUCAUACAUUAGGCUUCCCAGCUGUUUAAUCCUAGCUGUCACACCUGCAAAUGCUGACCUUGCCAACUCAGAUGCACUUCAAAUCGCUGGAAAUGCAGAUCCUGAUGGUUACAGGACAAUUGGUGUGAUCACAAAGUUGGAUAUUAUGGAUAGAGGAACCGAUGCACGUAAUUUUUUGCUUGGAAAAGUGAUCCCCCUUCGACUUGGCUUUAUUGGUGUUGUAAAUCGUAGUCAGGAGGACAUUAUGUUCAACCGAACUAUUAAAGAUGCACUAGCAGCUGAGGAGAAAUUCUUUCGCAGUCGUCCAGUGUAUAAUGAGCUUGCAGAUCGUUGUGGGGUACCCCAGCUGGCAAAAAAGUUAAACCAGAUUUUGGUGAAACAUAUAAAAACAGUGUUACCAGGGUUGAAGGCACGUAUUAGUGCUGCAUUAGUUUCUGUAGCAAAAGAACAUGCUAGUUAUGGAGAGAUUACAGAGUCUAAGGCUGGCAUGGGAGCUCUUCUUCUAAAUAUUCUUUCAAAGUAUUCUGAAGCCUUUUCUUCAAUGAUUGAGGGUAAAAACGAAGAGAUGUCAACAUCUGAGUUGUCAGGAGGAGCAAGAAUACACUAUAUUUUCCAGUCAAUAUUUGUCAAAAGUUUGGAGGAAGUUGACCCUUGUGAGGACUUAACUGAUGAUGACAUCAGAACUGCUAUACAAAAUGCAACAGGCCCUAGAUCUGCAUUGUUUGUACCUGAAGUUCCAUUUGAAGUUCUAAUUCGACGACAAAUUGCUCGUUUACUAGAUCCAAGCCUUCAAUGUGCAAGAUUCAUUUAUGAUGAAUUGAUAAAAAUGAGUCAUCGAUGUAUGGUGAAUGAGUUACAGAGAUUUCCUGUUCUCAGAAAGAGAAUGGAUGAUGUGAUAGGGAAUUUUUUACGUGAUGGUCUUCAGCCUUCUGAAACCAUGAUUGGGCACAUAGUUGAAAUGGAGAUGGAUUACAUAAACACUUCACACCCGAAUUUUGUGGGUGGGAGUAAAGCUGUGGAGGUUGCCUUGCAGCAAGUGAAAUCUUCUAAGCUUGCAACAACAGUAUCGAGGCAAAAGGAUGGAGUUGAGUCUGAAAAAGCUCCACAAUCUGAAAGGGGUAUAAAGUCACGUGCAAUUCUUGCUAGGCCUGUUAAUGGAAUUGUCACAGAACAGCAUAAUCAACCAGGGUCUCGAGCAGUUGGUGAGGUUGAGAAGCCAACAGCUGGAAGCACAAGUUGGGGAAUCUCAUCGAUUUUUGGUGGGUCGGAAAGUCGCACUUCUGUGAAAGAAAAUCCUGCAAACAAGUUGUUUAAUGAUGAACCCAUUCAGGCUAUGGAUCAUUCAUUUUCUAUGAUCCAUCUGAGGGAGCCCCCAACAGUUUUGAGGCCCUCGGAUGCCCAUUCAGAUCAGGAAUCCGUUGAGAUUCACGUUACAAAGCUAUUGCUAAGGUCAUAUUAUGACAUUGUCAGAAAAAACAUCGAGGACUCAGUGCCUAAAGCAAUCAUGCACUUUCUGGUGAACCAUACGAAAAGAGAGCUCCACAAUGUGUUCAUCAAGAAGCUGUACAGAGACGAUUUGUUUGAACAAAUGUUACAAGAACCGGAUGAAGUUGCUACAAAAAGAAAACGUACACGCGAUAUGUUGCGUGUGCUUCAGCAAGCUUUUCGUACAUUGGAUGAACUACCACUGGAAGCGGAAACAGUGGAGAGAGGCUACAGUUUGACAAGCAACGACACAACGGGUCUCCCAAAGAUCCACGGGCUUCCCACAUCAUCAUCAUCAUCAUUCUAUAAUGAUUCAUAUGCAGCAGCUUCACCCAAGAACCAAAGGUCAAGAAAGUCAACAUCUAAUUCAGGAGAGCUGCAAUCGCCUUUUUAUGGGAAUGUAGAAGCCAAUGGAAAUAGUCGAAGUUCACUACUUGGUUUCUAUCCUACACUCGAUGAUCAGUAAACCCUCUCUCUCUCAAAGAAAUGAUUCGUUUAGUUCCAGUGAAGUUGUUGAUAUUAAUUAAUAUUAAUAUAUAGAAAAAUAUAAAGUGCAUUGUUUUGCUCACAGGAGUAGGGUUUAUGUUUAUCUAUCUCAGUUUUGGAACCCAUUUAAGUUCCAUAUUUUUUUUUCACUAAAGAAAUCUCAUAGCCGUUAGGAAUAAUUACUUGUCUUUGUUUCGGAGAUUUACAAAGGAAUUUGAUUUAUUGUGGUUUUUGCUUCGUUCUAUACGCACUGGAUUUAUUGACU